UUUCGCAUUUGAGAAUAUAAAACGUUUAUAAGAGCGGUGUUAAAAGUUGCGUAGAAGCUCUCGUAGUGAAUAAACGAAUUCGCAAAAUAUUUCUUGAUAAUAUUAUCGCGUGUUUAUCAAUUGCACAAAAUAAAGUGACAGGAUGUCUAUCACUAAUCUCAAUUCUGAACAAGAAUACAAGAAUUACGUCAAGUCACAAGAUCUUUCUGUCAUUCAUUUCUACGCAUCCUGGGCCGAUCAGUGUUCGCAAAUAAAUGAUGUGAUCGAGGAAAUGAGCAAACUGGCCGAAUAUCAGGGGGUUAGGUUCGCCAAGAUCGAAGCUGAAAAAAUACCUGAUGUAUCCUUGAAAGCUGGUAUCAGUGCAGUACCAACAGUUGUUCUCACAAGAAAUGACACCAUAGUCGAUAGAAUCGAUGGGGCUAAUCCUGCAGCUAUAGCAGAGAAAAUUAAGCGCCAAUUAUUGACCAAUAAAGAUUCUAUUUCGUUUGAUACAUGUAAACCUAAAGAAAAACUUGAAGAAAGACUAAAGAAAUUAAUAAAUCAAGCGCCCUGUAUGCUUUUCAUGAAAGGAUCUCCUACCACACCACGUUGCGGAUUUUCUAGAACAAUAGUCUCUAUUUUAGAUUCUUGUAAGACAGAUUACCAAACGUUUGAUAUUUUACAAGAUAAUGAUGUUAGAGAAGGACUUAAAAAAUUUAGUGAUUGGCCAACGUAUCCUCAAUUAUAUGUGAAUGGAGAGCUCAUUGGAGGAUUGGAUAUUGUAAAAGAAAUGAACGAAUCUGGAGAGCUGGAAAGCAUAUUGCCUAAAAAGAGCUAAUGCAAAAGAAAUGCACUUAUUAAGGAUCAUAUAAUUAAUUUCUUUUUAAAAAAAAGACCAGUCCCUGUAUUAAUAUAAUUAUCUGUAAGUUAUUUUGUAUCAGUUGUAAGUAUUUCAAUAUUUGUUCUAUGGAAAUAUGCAAUAAAUUAAACCACCUGCAUAAAAGGAUCUUUUUGUAAGCGCUAAUUUUUAGUCAACAGAUUGCACAAGACAAUAUAUAAAUAGUAAUAUAGGAAUUCUUUUGCUCUGUACAAUAUGUCAAUUUCUCAAGUGUUUAUCUGUUAAUAUAUUAAUCCACAUAUAUUAUAAA